UCUCAUACUGUAUCUCACUAUUCAGACUGAUGGAGACCAAUCGCCGGGCGAAACGCAUCCCGUCCGGCGACAUGUUCUCGUUCCCGGUCAUAAACCAGGACGAGUUUGAAUUCGGGAGCGUGGCAUCCCCCGCGUCCCCGAACUCCCCGGCCGACCGCCUCUUCGCCAACGGGAAGCUUCUCCCGCAUGCGUUCCCCGCGCAAGCGGGGAACGCCUUCUCCUACUCGUACUCGCGGUCGACUAGUCGGGCGAGUAGCAAGGACUACUCGUCGUUGAUGUCGUCGCGGAGCAACAGCACCAACAGCAGGACCAGCACCAGCACCAGCACCUGCAGCAGCGCCCGCACGAGCACGAGCGAGGCCUCCGAGAGGCGCCCGCUGCGGGCUCGUGACCAUCACUACUAUGGCGGCGGUGGCGCCGCCGUGAGGAGAGAGAGGGUUGUUAGGUCGCCGGUGGUGAUGAGCUGUCAGUAUCAGUAUGGGGCGUCGCGGCGGUGGCAGCUGAUCGCGGCGGCGCCGGCGCUGAAGCAGCGGGGAUCGUCGUCGUCCUCGGCGGCAAGGAGGGCGAGUGAUCAGAGCGGCGCCGUUGCUGAUCGGAAAGGGGCGAAGAAAUCGAAAUCUAACUGGUUUAAGCGGUUUGUGAAUGCAUGCCAAGAGUGCCAUGCGAUUAAGACUUGAGGGUUUGUGAAUUUCAAUGGUGAUUAAGUAAAGAAUGUUUUGCUGAUAUGUAUAAAGUUUGCGGUUGAAGAAACGAUUCGAUCCUCUUAUAGUUUUGAUUUGUCGAACCGGCUAGAGAUUCAUGAAUCGGGAACAUGAAGCGUGUAGAUACAAAUGGUCCAAUGGGAGCAAGAUUUUCGGGGAACAUUUGGUUUCUGAGCGGAAGAAUCAUUUUCGAAUAGUGUUCGGUCAAUUAUGUAUUAAUCAGAAUUCGAUUGAUAUGAGUUUGUCAACAUAAAACGAUCUAUUUAAGCCACUUUGUUUCUUUUUGUUCUGAGUCCGACGUAGAUCCAUUCACUUUGAGUGAAUGAAGCCUAUGUCGGGACAGAGUGCAUUUUAAAAGGGUUGGUCCGACGUAGAUCCAUUGACUCUAACGAGUCAAGCCUACGUCGGGGGCCAAAUAGGACUGGUCCGAUUGAUAACUCUUCGUAUGAUAUUCGUGCUUUAGGUGCUAUUCUUCACUUUCUUUUGCUUUGAUUUUGUAACAUCGACUUUUUUCUGAGAGGAUCAAUAAUGGUUCUCUAUUUGCACCAUUUGUGACUCGAACUCCGACCUAUUAUUAUAUGGAGAAGUAUCUUACUACCAA